AUGGCGGAGCAGAAGAAGACGCCCAAGGAGUCACACGAGGAGAAGAGGACGAUCCCGACGUUUGACGGCAAGGACUACGAGGUCUGGCACGAGCGAGUCAAGCUCAAGCUGGAGAGGAAGAAGCUGUGGAAGUACUGCAUGGAGGACUUGCUCGAGCCGGACGAGAGCAAGGAGGCAGAGGCGCACGCGACGUGGACGAGCGAGAUGGCCCACGCCAAGGAGAUCAUCUACGACGCAAUGACGAAUCACAUAAUGAAGACUGCGAAGUAUGAACCCACCCCGUUUCGUGUCAUGGAGCGCCUGAAAAAGAGAUUUAUGGACAAGACGUACCUGAAGUACGCUGAGGAGAGGGCCAAGCUCAGUCGGCUACGGCUCGCUCCCAACGGCAAUUUGCCAGAUCACCUGAGCGAGAUGCGUCGGCUGAUGGAGACCAUUGCUGGCGUCGGGCGUCCUGUGGACGAACGUUUCUCGCCAGUCACAAGCCCCAAAAUGCUGAUGAUCCUCCUAAUUAUGAACAACGUGAACUCGCAUUGGAGAUGGCUUACGACCAUCGCCAAGGUCGGAAAGCAGAGGGCGCCAAGGACAAUGAUGAUGAAGAAAAGGCGUUCUUUGCUGGUGGAGGAAGAGGUCGAGGACGUGGUCGCGGCCGUGGACGUGGUGGUCGAUCUGGAGGACACGGGCGCGGUUCCGGUGGUGGACGUGGUUCUGGCGGUCGCGGGAGUCAAGGUGGUGGACGUGGAACUGGACGUGGCCAAGCCGGCAGUGGACAAAAGCCAGGUGGUGCUUGUUAUCACUGCCAUGAAGCAGGGCAUCAUGUGUUUGAUUGCCCGUUUCUUGGCAAGCGACCUCCAGCUGAAGAUCGCAGCAGCACCCAAGCUCAGAAGCGCGUGA